UUUGUGGAUAUAUCGAUAUUUGUCUAAUCGAAUUACACAAGCAAGAAUUGCACCAAAUUUAUUUUUAACUUUAUUUUAAUAAAAUAAUUCAAAAUGCCGUUUAUGAAAGGAAGAGAGCCUAUACGACGCAGCUUAAAAUAUUUAAAUGCGGGCAAGCUAGUUCUAAAGGAAAGGGUGCGUGUAUUCAGCGUCAGUUACAAUACAUAUGGUAAUCAUCACGCGGGUGCCAGGGAUUUCGUGUUUUGGAACAUUCCACAGAUACAAUUCAGAAAUCCAGAUGUACAGGUCGUCACUAUUAAGAACAUAACACCGUCACCGUUUGUGCGCUGUUUCUUUGAGGAUGGACGGGAUAUGAUAAUCGACAUAGAUUCUAAAAGUUGUGAUGAAAUCAUUGAGCACCUCACCAACGUUGUUGGAAAAACACGCGAGGAACUAGUAGCCGCGGCGCGGUUGGCAGAGAGUAAGGACAAUCCAGCUAAUUUUGGAUACAGAUGCGAACGCCACUGCAUCUGUGAAAUACCCGGUCAAGUUUACUGUCCUGGCACAGUGCCUCUCCCAAAAGAAAUUCGUGGAAAAUUUAAAUUUGCACAAAAAUAAAAGAAAACUUUUAUUAUAUCAAA